UUGGUCUAGCAUUGCUUUAGAAGAAACACAUCGACUCGCACAAUAUAAGCUCUUCAUCAUACAUGGAAGGAAACGUAUGCGGGCAAUAUGAACAAGAGGUUGCCGUUGUUACAGGAGGGAAUAGAGGAAUUGGAUUAGAAAUAUGCAGGCAACUUGCUUCCAAAGGAGUCACUGUGGUAUUGACAGCGAGAGACGAGAAAAGGGGUGCAGAAGCGGUCAAAAAUCUUGUAGCGCAGGGGCUAUCCAACAUCCUGUUUCAUCAACUGGUGGUUGGAGAUCUCUCAAGCACUGCACGUCUCGCUGAUUUUAUCCGGGAGAAAUUUGGCAAACUGGAUAUAUUGGUCAACAAUGCAGCAGUUGUUGGGUCCAUAACAGAAAUCAGUGAUCCAGAUGCUUUUAAGUUAGAGCUUGCAAGCAUGAAUGCUCAGGAAAGGCUAGAAAGGAUCAGGAGGUACACCACAGACCCUUACGACCAAGCAGAGGAGGUCUUGAGAACAAACUACCACGGCACCAAAAUUGUCACUGAAGCACUUCUUCCUCUCCUAGAGUUCUCAUCCCAUGGAAGAGUUGUAAAUGUAACAUCUAUUGUUGGGCUACUCAGGUUUUUCAGUGGUGAGGAACUUAAAAAGGAGCUCAACAACAUCGAUAACCUAUCUGAAGAGAGAUUAGAUGAGCUGUCAGAAUUGUUCCUCAAGGACUUCAAGAAUGGCCAACUGGAACCCCAUGGGUGGCCAGUUGAAGGAGGGUACCCUGCAUAUAAAGUGUCCAAGGCUCUCGGCAAUGCCUAUUCGAGAAUCAUUGCAAAGAAGCACCCAACACUAUGCAUAAAUUGUGUGCAUCCGGGCUAUGUCGACACAGACAUGAACUUCCACACUGGAGUUCUCACGGUUGAGGAGGGCGCGAGAGGAGCGCUGAUUCUGGCUCUCCUACCCAAGGGAGGCAUGACCGGAGCAUACUUGGACUGCACAGAGGUUGCUUCCUUCGUGUAACUCUUAUAUUGGUGAUCGGCCAAAGGAUGUGCCUCUCAUGUUUCUUUCAAAUGCACGGUUUUCCAUAGAACAAAGUUAUUGCAAUAUAUACUACUAGUCUAUCAACCUAUUCUUGUACCAAUAGAGAUAAUUGAACGAAAUGAAUGUGUAAGACAACUUUGUAACAGAAUCACCAUACAAGUGUUCGACAUUUACAAUGAAGACAUAGUUUUAUACAUCAUUGCACUCUUAUGCUGCAAAAUGUAAUUGAAAACUUUUUCUUAUAAGGUUGGAGAAAUAUGACUUGAUCUCCAAUUAAUGUGAUAU